AUGACGCUUUCCACUCUUACAUCCCCUUUAAUCGACACCUCUUCUUCUUUGCUGCUUACUCACCCUAAAUCAGGGGUUCUUGUUACUAACCAAACAGUAGCCGGAUGGGGAAGAAGCAUCAGGGGAGCUCAGGUGCUUAGCUCAGAGUCUGCCAUUAGUUCAGUGUUGGAUAUGUCAAUUCGUUCACUCCCUGGUGAUCAUGGACUUCCUUUACAACAGGCUUUGCCAGAUGUCCCACAGGGAAUGGUGGAUGCUCUAAAAAUCCCAAAAUCUCCCCCUAUGAAUGAUGAAUUGAGAGUCUCAACUGGCUCAAGAACUCUUGAACCUGUUGCAUCAGAAGGUGUGAUUCGAGGAAGAUCAUACAACAUUAGGCUUGAUGACCAAGUUCUACUAAGAUUCUCACCCACAAAACCUGAAUCAACUUAUUACUUUGGUGAUAUGAUAGGUGGAACUCUUACCUUGUUCCACGAGGAAGAAACUAGAAGAUGUCUUGAGCUUUUAGUAUCCUUGGAGUUAUCCGAGACUAUAAGUCGUCGCUCUGCACAUCCUUCUAGAAAAUAUUCCCCAACAAUUACAAAGGAAAAUGCUGGAGCCCUUAGAGAACCUAAGGACAAACUAGAGAAGUGA